AUGCACUACACGGGCACAUUAGACGAUGGUCAAAAGUUCGACUCCAGCUAUGACCGCGACCAGCCCUUCACAUUUCAAGUCGGCGUAGGUCAGGUGAUCAAGGGAUGGGAUCAGGGUCUGCUGGACAUGUGUGUUGGCGAGAAACGUAAACUGACUAUCCCAUCAUCCUUGGGCUACGGUGAGCGCGGCGCUGGUAACGUAAUCCCCCCUAACGCUGUCUUACACUUUGAGGUCGAACUUAUCAACAUUGGUGACUCUCCUCCAACCACCAAUGUAUUCAAGGAGAUUGAUGCUGACAAGGACAACAUGCUCUCCCCGCGAAGAAGUGACGAUUACUUGAAAAAGCAAAUGGUGCCAUCCGAUGGCGCCGAAAUAAGCGAAGAUGUCAGACAGAUCCUAGAGGGUCACGACAAGCUCGUCGAAGAGAUAUUCCAGCACGAGGACAAAGACAAAAAUGGCUUCAUCAGCCAUGAAGAGUUCUCCGGACCCAAGCAUGACGAACUCUAA